AUGCGUCCCACCGUCACAUGCGUCCCACUGUUCCAUGCUUCCAACUGUUACAUGCGUCUCACCGUCACAUGCGUCUCACCGCCACAUGCGUCUCACCGUCACAUGCGUCCCAUUGUUCCAUGCUUCCCACUGUUACAUGCGUCUCACCGUCACAUGCGUCUCACCGCCACAUGCGUCCCACCGUCACAUGCGUCCCACCGUCACAUGCGUCCCACCGCCACAUGCAUCCCACCACCACAUGCGUCCCACCGUCACAUGCGUCCCACUGUCACAUGCGUCCCACUGUCACAUGCGUCCUACCAUCACAUGCGUCCCACUGUUCCUUGCGUCCCACCAUCACAUGCGUCCCACGGUCACAUGCGUCCCACUGUUCCAUGCGUUCCACCGUUCCAUGCGUCUCACCGCCACAUGCGUCCCACCGCCACAUGCGUCCCACCGCCACAUGCGUCCCACUGUUCCAUGCGUCCUACCAUCAUAUGCGUUCCACUGUUCCUUGCGUCCCACGGUCACAUGCGUCCCACUGUUCCAUGCGUCCCACCGUUCCAUGCGUCUCACCGCCACAUGCGUCCCACCGCCAGAUGCGUCCCACCGUCACAUGCGUCCCACCGUCACAUGCGUCCCACUGUUCCAUGCGUCCCACUGUUCCAUGCGUCCCACUAUUCCAUUCGUCCCACCAUCACAUGCGUCCCACUGUUCCAUGCGUCCCACUGUUUCAUGCGUCCCACCGUUCCAUGCGUCCCACCGUCACAUGCGUCCCACCGUCUCAUGCGUCCCACUGUUCCAUGCGUCUCACCGUCACAUGCGUCCCACUAUUCCAUGCGUCCCACCAUCACAUGCGUCCCACUGUUCCAUGCGUCCCACCAUCACAUGCGUCCCACUGUUCCAUGCGUCCCACCGUCACAUGCGUCCCACCGUCUCAUGCGUCCCACUGUUCCAUGCGUCUCACCGUCACAUGCGUCCCACCGUCUCAUGCGUCCCACUGUUCCAUGCGUCUCACCGUCACAUGCGUCCCACUGUUCCAUGCGUCUCACCGUCACAUGCGUCCCACCGUUCCAUGCGUCCCACCGUCACAUGCGUCCCACCGUCUCAUGCGUCCCACUGUUCCAUGCGUCUCACCGUCACAUGCGUCCCUCCGUCUCAUGCGUCCCACUGUUCCAUGCGUCUCACCUUCACAUGCGUCCCACCGUUCCAUGCGUCCCACCGUCACAUGCGUCCCACCGUCUCAUGUGUCCCACUGUUCCAUGCGUCUCACCGUCACAUGCGUCCCACCGUCUCAUGCGUCCCACUGUUCCAUGCGUCACACCGUCACAUGCGUCCCACCGUCUCAUGCGUCCCACUGUUCCAUGCGUCUCACCGUCACAUGCGCCCCACCGUCUCAUGCGUCCCACUGUUCCAUGCGUCUCACCGUCACAUGCGUCCCACCGUCUCAUGCGUCCCACUGUCACAUGCGCCCCACCGUCUCAUGCGUCCCACUGUUCCAUGCGUCCCACCGUCACAUACGUCCCACCGUCUCAUGCGUCCCACUGUUCCAUGCGUCCCACCGUCACAUUCGUCCCACCGUCUCAUGCGUCCCACUGUUCCAUGCGUCCCACCGUCACAUGCGUCCCACCGUCUCAUGCGUCCCACUGUUCCAUGCGUCCCACCGUCACAUGCGCCACACCGUCUCAUGCGUCCCACUGUUCCAUGCGUCUCACCGUCACAUGCGCCCCACCGUCUCAUGCGUCCCACUGUUCCAUGCGUCCCACCGUCACAUACGUCCCACCGUCUCAUGCGUCCCACUGUUCCAUGCGUCCCACCGUCACAUACGUCCCACCGUCUCAUGCGUCCCACUGUUCCAUGCGUCCCACCGUCACAUGCGUCCCACCGUCUCAUGCGUCCCACUGUUCCAUGCGUCCCACCGUCACAUGCGCCACACCGUCUCAUGCGUCCCACUGUUCCAUGCGUCUCACCGUCACAUACGUUCCAAAAUAUUUUAAACAAAGAGUUGACAUUAAUUCAUUUUAG